AUGGUCUCAGAUCAAUACAUCUCUUCAGUCGCACCCUCUCCCGUGCUAUAUCUCCUUUUUGUUUUCUUCGUCUGUGUCUGGUUUCUCAGAGUCUAUAUACUCUACCGCGAGACAGUAAAAAGGAAUAAAGGAUGGAUCGGACCACGUACUCUUAUCGGUGUCGAGACGGUAUUCAGUCAGAUCUGCAGGCCCAUCCCGGGCAUUUCUCUGGGUUAUGAUUACCCUUGGCUUUCGAAACAUAACGAUUAUCCAUCCGAUGGGUGCGAUGCAUACUUUAUGGUCUCUGCGUUUCCCGUGGGAUACAGCUCCUUGUGGUUGUCGGACGCCGCUGCUAUUAAAGAAAUUGCGUCGUCACGCUUGCGCUUCCCCAAGCCUGUGGAGCUCUACAAAGUCCUGCUUGUAUUUGGUCCAAAUAUAGUUGCGUCUGAAUUUGAUAGCUGGAAGCGAUAUCGCCGUAUGGUCGCAUCCGCUUUCUCUGAUCGCAAUCAUGAAUAUGUUUGGUACUCGGCAUCAAAACUCGGUGUGGACCUGCUAGAUAACGUGUUCAAGAACGAGAAAGAAGUGGUAUUGGAUGACGUUACCGAAAUCACUCUUCCGCUUGCUUUGUACAUGAUUGCGAUUGCUGGUUUCGGGCGUGAGGUCACAUUCCAGCACGACGGUGUCGUUCCCCACGGCCAUAAGAUGUCAUUCAAGGCCGCGAUAGACAUCAUCGCGAAAGAUAUAUUCUUGAAACUUCUACUGCCCAAAUUUUCUUUCACUCUGCAUCCGCGGUUGCGCAAGCUGCAACUUGCAUUCGAGGAGAUAGAGGAAUACAUCAAGGAGAUGAUCAGAGAACGCCAAACCUCUACUCAAGAGGAAGGGCGUUCAGAUCUAUUGAAUAACCUCCUCGAAGCUAACGGAGAUUCAGAGAUAAAGGGCGAGAAACCGUUGACGGAUGAAGAACUUAUAGCAAAUGUCUUCAUUUUCCUUCUGGGAGGGCAUGAGGCUAGCUCUCAAGCACUUGCCUUCGCACUGGCUGCCCUCAGUCUCUAUCCAGACGAACAAGAAGCAUUGUACCAACAGAUCAAGCAAGUAAUGCCUAACGGGGAACUUCCGAAAUAUGAAGACAUCCACUUGCUCGCAUAUUCCCUGGCGGUCAUCAACGAAACACUUCGCAUGUAUCCUCCGGUCAACGCGUCACCAAAAUACUGCGCGGAGGACACGGUCAUUACGGUCACCCACGCUUCCGGAUCGAAGAAGCUUAUACCGGUGCCAAAGAAUACGAAGAUUUUCCUCCACAUCACGGGAGUUCAUUAUAAUCCACGAUACUGGAAAGAUCCACAUGUCUUCAACCCGUCUCGGUUUCUUACUGACUACCCACGUGAAGCGUUCAUACCAUUCAGCAGCGGGUCUCGGUCGUGUAUCGGCAGAAAGUUUUUUGAGACCGAGGCUGUCGCCAUUCUCAGCCUCAUAAUUUCGAGAUACAAAGUCUCGAUCAAAGAAGACCCUCGGUACGCACAUGAGACCUUUGAGGAUAAAAAACAACGAAUCUUCACCGCCAACAUCAAGCUGACCCUGACGGCCGCCAACCAAAUUCCUCUUGUGUUCACACGCCGGUAG